GCCACCCCGGCCGGGCGCUCCCGGCGUGCCCCGCGCGGGCGGAAGCGGAGCGCGGCGCGAUGGCGGCCGGUCGGUAGCCGCCGCCGCCGCCGCCGCCAUGGCGCUGAUCGAGGGCGUGGGCGACGAGGUGACCGUGCUGUUCGCGCUGCUGCUGGCCGCCCUGGUGCUGGGCCUCGCCUGGGCCUCCACGCGCGCCCCCGAGCCCGCCGCGCCGCCCCGCGCCGCCCCCCCGCUGCCCGAGCAGGGCCCCAGCGCCGCCCCGGCCGCCGCCGCACAGCACAAGGCCCCCGGCCCGGCCCCGGCCCCGGCCCCGGCGGGCGGAGCGGCCCCCGAUGGGCCGGGCGGGCCGGCGGCGGGGCUGCGGCCCCGGGCGGGCCCCGCGGCAGCGCGGCAGGGCCCCGGCGGCGAGGAGGAGGCCGGGCCCGGGGAGCCCGGCAUGGUGCUGCGCCUCAAGUUCCUCAACGACACCGAGCGCCUGGCCCGGGUGCGCCCCGGGGACACCGUGGGGGCCCUCAAGAGGGCCUACUUCCCGGGGCAGGAGCAGCAGGUGCGGCUGAUCUACCAGGGGCAGCUGCUGCGCGACGACGCCCAGAGCCUGUCCGCCCUGCACCUCACCCACAACAGCGUCCUGCACUGCCACAUCUCCCAGCACAGCCCGGCCCCCGCGCCCGCCGGCCCCCACGCCUCCGCCGACCCCGUGCACGCCGCCCUCAACGUGGGCAGCCUGAUGCUGCCGCUCUUCGUGCUGAUGCUGGCCGUGCUCUGGUACUUCCAGCUGCAGUACCGCCACGUCUUCACCGCCACCGCCACCACCUUCCUGGCUGGCCUCACCCUGCUCUUCAGCUUCAUGGCCUUCACCAUGUACCGCAGAUAGCGCUGCCCCGGGGGACCCUCCCGCCGGAUCCCCGCGGUGCCGGGGGGAGCUCAUCCGCUGCUCCCGAACUCGGGGGGAGCCCGGGCGAUCGCCUGCGGCCCCACCGCCCCUGG